GAGGCCAGAACGGUAGUAGUCACAUGGUCUGGUACUUGGCAUUGUGGGAAACAAACAGAGCGGUGGCUGGUGUAUGAACAGCGUCCAACGUCAACACCACUUACUAUUGUGGGCUAAACAAGUAAUAAGACGCAGCUGUCUAGCAGACGGACUUAGACGCCACGGUUAUCACUAUGCACCGGGAAGAGAAGGUCCAUGUUCGGUGAAUCUGCCCGUUGGGACGGGUUUCCAGGACUUUACAGACAGCAGCUAGCCGAGUCGGUCUCACUGGAGUAGCAACUCGCUGCAAGGUUUUACGAUAAAUAGGACAGAGGAGUCGCAAAAGUUGGAUUUAUCUUUGGACCGCACGGAUUUAUCUUUGGACCGUUUCGUAUGGAUAUGAAUAGUAGGCUUGAUCUGACGUUUUUAGCAGUACCGUGACUUUGUGGUCAGUUUGUUGUUGUGCCUCGGCUCGCCAGAUUAACAUCGACCGAUGCUUUUCAACGCAGUGAUUGUGUGACGAAAACUGCUGGGAGUAUCGCCUCCGAUUCGAGGCGAUGUGAAAACGUUUUUUCUUUAAAUCAUUGGACUGGCAUGUCUCCCAAUUUGGUGUACCCAAGAUCAAGAACUGCCACACUGGACGAUAAUUCGUAUGAUGGCAACCCGGAUUGGAAGAAUUUCCGUUUGAAGCCUAUGUAAACAGUUAUCCUCUAUGCUGAAAAAUAGAAACGUGUCCCCAACACAGAAACCAUCGAUAACCUUUCUCACUGUCAGCACAUCACCCGAAUCUUUCUCGGUUGUCAUUAUUUAUGUUCAAGCGUCAUCGUUUCUACAAGGGGGAAACGGGAUAAUUCAAGUACACAACGCUCCAUCUUAAAUCCGGGCACAACCAGUCAGAGCGACUGUAUAUCUUCCUGAGACUCAGUUGUAGGGCAACCAUGUGGGGCGCAAGGGCGCCACCAUCCCUGCAGGUCGUCCUAAAGGUCCUUAAACACGCUGCGGUCAAAGGACAGAUCCAGCUGAACCGCUGGCUCCAGAGAUCCUCCCCGGACGAGUGCGAUAAAAUUGACAUCUUGAUAUGCAACGCGUUUGACGAGAGAGGAGCAGCCGUCGGUAAAUCUGACGGAGACCCUGAGAGCAUCGUUGACGCUGGCGUGUCAUUCACCGGUAGCGUCACCAACGGUGAUUUCAGACACCCGUGUUGUAUUACCACGUGUUGUUUCAAGAGUGCCCUCCUGGCGUGCAUUGUGACAGCUGUGUGCUUCUCCUCCGUGGCUCUAGUCCGACAGUACCUCAAGGACCUUCUACUCUGGGUGGAGAGCUUGGACAGCCUGGUUGGAGUCCUGCUGUUCAUAGUCGGUCUGAUCAUUGUCUCCUUCCCAUUCGGCUGGGGCUACAUCGUACUGAACGUGGCUGCGGGAUACCUCUACGGCUUCGUGCUGGGUAUGGGACUGGUGAUGGUGGGGGUGCUCAUCGGUACCUUCGUGGCUCACCUGGUGUGUAAGAGACUGUUGACGGACUGGGUGGUCAACAAGGUGGGGAACUCUGAACAGCUCAGUGCUGUGAUACGGGUGGUGGAGGGGGGGAGCGGACUCAAAGUUGUGGCCUUAGCGAGACUCACGCCCAUUCCGUUUGGACUCCAGAAUGCAGUGUUCUCAAUCACAGACGUGUCGUUGCCAAACUACCUGGUGGCGUCGUCAGUAGGCCUGCUGCCCACACAGCUCCUAAACUCCUACCUGGGCACCACGCUGCGCACCAUGGAGGACGUUAUCGCAGAACAGAGCAUCAGCGGAUACCUUGUCUUCAGUCUACAGAUCAUCAUCAGUAUAGGCCUGAUGUUCUACGUGGUCCAUCGGGCCCAGGUGGAGCUGAAUGCGGCCAUCGCUGCCUGUCAGAUGGAGCUGAAGACAUCACGCAUGAACGGCACUUCCACCAAUCACAGCGGCUUCACCUACUGCAGCAAGAGGGCGUCGGCCGGGGGUGGGAUCAUCAACGUGGUCUGAUAAAUGUCUCAAAAACCUGAUUGGAGACGAGCGACUGGGAUCGAACUGAACACUGAUUGGCCAGUGUAGCAGUUGUGAUAUCUGAUAGGAGUGCCUUCCACGGUGAGGAGUACCUGCCAAAUAGGGAUGCUGAUUGUGUGGAUCUAUAGGGCUUGUAGGUGCAGCUGAGGGGUGCCAGGUGUUUAGUAGUCAGGUACGGUGGUGUUGUCGUCAUGGACUUCGAACACACCGACAGCUUCAUUGCAUUUUGGUACACCGGAAUUACAUUAAUUUCCAAUGAAACGCUGCGUUUGCUUUUCUGCAUUGUUGCAGAGGCAGUUGCAGUUCGUUCUGUGUGGUGUGUAUGUUGGAUUUAUCGAAGGUACGAGUCAAACUGUAUGAGUAGACGGCUUGACAGAAAUGGUAGCAGAAGGUGAAUGUUGAACUGUUGUUACAUGCAUAUCCAGAUGAGGCUGUCGGUGUGUUGGAGGAGUUAACCUGAGCUCUCUAUACAACACAGCUCACCAUUCAGAUCUCCAAGACCAUUGGCUUCUCUUCUACAGUGUUGGACCAGGGGCCAAUGGCUUCUCUUCUAAAGUGUGGGACCAGGGGCCAAUGGCUUCUCUUCUACAGUGUGGGACCAGGGGCCAAUGGCUUCUCUUCUAAAGUGUGGGACCAGGGGCCAAUGGCUUCUCUUCUACAGUGUGGGACCAGGGGCCAAUGGCUUCUCUUCUAAAGUGUGGGACCAGGGGCUAUGCUAUAUGUUGAACUCAUUUAUAAUGAUGAAAUAAAUAAAUGGUACAGCACACUGA